AUGAGUAGAAAGAUUGAUAUGAAAGUGACGUUGCUUAAAACACCAAAUAAAUUCGAAGCUCUGUUUGGAGAGGUUUCAGGUGGGCUAGGACCAUUUGGCAUUCCUACAGCCUGUCGAAAAAAACGGUUCCUAGACGAAGUAAAGUUAAUGGUAACAAUGCGUGAUAGUAUAAAUCGUUUAUUAAAAGAAUGUGAUCAUGUACGCGAUGAAAAAAGAUUGGAAAUCAUAGUUUUCGGCUGGCUUCAAUUUGGUUUAGAAUUGAAUUUUUAUGCUAUGGAUUGGAUGGGGUCCGGAGUUUACAGAUUUGGAUUGAUAGAUCGAUGCAGGAUACCUGCCGAUAUUGAUGAUUGUGACAUAUUAGAAGAUGCAUAUUGUAUUCUAAAUUUGCUCCAAAGAAAGCUACUUGAUACCGAAAGAGCUGUAAGAAAUCUAUUUUCGAACAACACGAAAAGAAAAAGAAGACAAAUCGCAUCAGAAAGCAGAGCGGAGCUAAAUGUCAAUCCUUCAUUCACUAUAAAUAGUCUCGCAAUUACGUUAGUCCCGCAACAAGCAUCGUUCUCAAGUAAUAUAUCAGUAACUCCGGGUGCUCCGCUACUUAGCCCAAGUGGCGAUAAUGCUACUCAAACAAUAAUUUAUAACAUAACAAAAGAAGUAUACGGUGGUACAUGGUCUUUGAUGUUUAUCGAAAAUUAUUUAAUUAGGAGUACUGGUCUCUCAAGAGUAUUAUCAGCCGGUUUGAAUAUCACUUUUCCAGCCAGCACAACUCCUUCGUCGUCAUCUUCGCUUCUCAUUACGGGAACCGCACCAAUCACUUUUGUUUCAACAAUAUCCUCGGCAUCAUAUCAAACGAUUACAACUACAAAUGCAGCCGGACAAACUUAUUUGAUUACGGGUUAUGUGCCGCCUAUAAUUCAAACGGUUACUAUCACACCAUUCCCUACCGCGAGAUCAAGUUAUACUUAUACUCCAAUUUCGAAUGGAAAUAUGAAUAAUAGUGAAUAUGAGUGGUGGUCAAAUAAAAUUUAUUUGAUGG